CUAAGGGGUCCACUAUUAACUAAAUUACCCUAGCAAUAACUACGAUCGGCCAAUACAGCUCAGUGCUCGUUAGCCAUAGACAGCCUUAUUCUUUGUUGUAAAAUAAAUUCCUAUUUCCACUGCACUGACGUAUAGCUAAAAAAUGGGUCGAUUGUGCACAAGUGAGUAAACAUAUGAUCAAGUUUAUGUUAGGUCCAUAAUAAUCUGAGAUGAAUAUCUUGGCAAAAGUAGAGCCAUGGCGGAAAAUUCCAUUGCCGCAACUUCCGCCCAAUAGAGCGAUUGUUAUCACUUUACAUACUGUCCUAACAAUAAACAAACUGCUGUUUUGCAGUCAUUGCUCUAGUAAAUUGCAUCGACACGUGCUUAACCGGUCAGUACCGAAAGAGCCACCACGCGAGAACGAUGCACUCGGAAUACGUUGAAAAUCUCUUCACUAUUGGUGAACUGACACCAUUGCAGGAUAACUUGAACGGCGUCACGAUUCCCACCUGGUUCAGUGAACAAAAGUUCAAACGAGCUCAGCGGUACUUCCGGCAAAACUUCGCUGCCAUCUACUAUGGAACGAUCUGCGGACUAUUGACCGUGUUAUCAGUGCCAUCGAUCCUGAACGCCUUGGUGUUCUCGACGGGGGGUAAGCCAUCGUUCCGAAUCGCAGCCCGUCGCUAUCUGGGAGCUUUCCGACACACCGUCAACUGGUACUGCGAUGACCUAACGACGUCUCAAAGUAGCUCUUGGAAGUCGCUGAAUCACGUGCGUCAAGUUCAUUCCACCAUUCAGAGGCGUGCAGCGGCUAGAAACUAUGGCGUCAUCAUAUCUCAGCGGGAUAUGGCGAUCACGCAGUUUGCUUUUGUUGGCUUCGCGAUACUGGAUCCAUCGAGGUUGGGAGCUCAGAACGACCCGGCAGACCUGGACGCAAUGUGUCAUUUUUGGCGAGUUCUUGGCUAUCUACUCGGAAUGGAAGACCGGUUCAACCUAUGCGCGGACUCGUUAGAGCAGUCGCGCGCACGCAUGGACAGACUUCGGCAGGACUUCCUGGAGCCUGCAUUUGAGCAGCGGACGGAAAAGUGCGAAGAAGCUUACCGUUUGCUUCUGGGCGGAUUGUGGUGUUUCAACGUGCUUCUGGACUACAAUGCGCUGACUUACUGUGCGGGAAGGGUCGUGGGUUCUCCCGGGUAUGGCAACUAUUGGAGUAAAGAUGGUCAUCAGGGUUCUGCGGACAGGCUUUAUUUUGGGAUGAAAUGGAGAAGCCGUUUUGUGCUAUUUGUGAUACUUUGUAUUCAUGAAGUGCUACUCAAGUUCGAUUUGUUUCGCGUUGGUUUCAAUACUGUUUUGAUAGCUUCCGGACAGUUUGCAAUAUGGAUUUGUUCCCAGAUUGUUGGGAGAAAUGUAGAAAUAGUUCAAGACUUCGUUCGCAAACUGAAGGGGAAAUGUAAGGUGUAUUAGAUUAGAGAUUGGUGAACGGUGUGCAACACAAUUGUUGACUUGAUAAAUGGGUGAUCCAAAGAUAUUGUUGAAAUGCCAAAGAUUAAAGUUAGUCUUCCGGAACACAUUAUUCAGUAUCAUGUGACAAAUAGAAUCCAUAGCACUUAUAAUAA